AACAUAAUCCGGCCUGAAGGUUAUCACUUUAUCCGUCCCCUCUGGCGACUUUCACUAAUUUUCCACGUGGAGCGGUUCUCGUCCCUGUGACAUUUGACGUCCAUCGUCCGUCAAUCUCACCCGGGCAGAUUUAGGAAAAUGACAGAAAAAACGGAAAACGGGACGGCUUCUGUUGUCGUCGUCAGUUGUACGGAAGAAGACCCAAAGAACGUAAUCGAGUCGGUCAUCGGAGAUCUGCCACCUGCUACUCUAGAGAACGGUAUAGAAUGUUAUCCUUGGCACUUAGACACAAAGUAUUACGAAGCGGAUAUCAGACUGUGCGCGAUGAGGGAAAAGUCUUUGGCGAGCAAGUCGUUCGCCGAGACGGUCCACGCGGUCAUCAUCAAUUUCGACAGCGAUUCGAAAAAUGCCAUCGAAGGAGUCAACGAGUGGCUCAGGUACCUGAAAGAAUACGGAGCCGACAUUAAAAUCCUGCUGUGUAACAGGUGCAAGGAUGUCUCAGAAACGGGAGUGGGCAAGGUCCAGGUACAAGAAUGGUGCGUCAUCAACGGCUUCGAGUUGGUUGAAGUAGAUCCACUCGUCGACGAAGAAUGGGAGGAGGAACAAGACUUUGUCGAGACGACAGGGAUUCGAAGAGUGAAUCAGGCGCUUGAGGCACACGUCUGGCCCAACUUGACGAUUAAGGAGAGGAAGGAUCCAACAACUCUGUCCGGCCUUUGGCACGGAGGAUUAUGCAAAAGCGCAGAUGCGGACCAUAGGGCAUUAAACCCCGAUAACAUCGAACCGGAUCCAGAAGACCUACUUGAAGGGGGUGACUUCAACGACCUGUUCGGCCAGUUGGUGAGUUUGAAGGAAAAAGCGACCUCAAUGGGUAGCGAAGAUCGCAAACAGUUUGCAGAACAAAUCGUCCUUGCAUAUUGGAAUGCAAUCGGUGGAGAUGAAGAUGACAUAUUAGACUGUUAACAGAUCCUUCUGUGUUAUGUGUAUAGCCUAGUAAAUAGUAUUUUCUGAUAUUUUUUUGCUGGCUUUAUUUUUAUAUAGAAUAUUUGUUUUUGCAACCCAACUUUGUGAUAAUACCAGUAGCAAUCAAUUAUGCUUUAACAUUCCUUUAAUUUAAGAAAAUGUAUGUAAUGUAAAAUUAAAGAAUAGAUUAUUAUACAAA